AUGAUCGUUUAUUCGGUGAUUCCGGCCGCUUUUUUGGCGGCUCUGUGUUUGGCGGCCCCAGCGCCUCAGGGCGCGCCGCCAAGCGCGUCGGCAAGUGUUAGCGUCGGCCCCAAUGGGCUUAAUGCGACUGCUUCGGCCACAUUUUUUGAAGCGACUUUAGUCAGUAAGUGAGAAGGAUAAGGGAAAAAGAGUGACGAAUUCGUAUUUUAGUCGUCGCACCACAAAGCUGGGUCGAUUCGUACAGACAGGUAAGGGAUUUACGGAAAUGCUUAUGUAAAGCAUAUAAAAAACACAAUGAUUUUUUGUGGGUAAUUACGAUUUUCAAAAAGAUUUGUUGUUUUGGCAACAUUUCCUUCAAAAAUCAGCAUUGUGUCCAAAUAUAAGUCGAUUAUUGGAAGUUUUUUAGAUCCCUGAGCCAGGCCGAGUCUGUUUCUUCAACUUGACCAGUGAUCCCUCCAACUUCCAAAGCUUGUCCAACCCCGACGAUGACAAUCAAGUUCAAAAUCUUAUUGCCCAGAGAUGCCCUCAGGGUGCCGACCAAAUCAAGAGUUUCUUGGACACGGUCAACUCAACGGUCGCUCAGGUCCCGCAGAGUUUGAAGAGACUGUUCGAGAACGUAAGGAGAGAUUAAUUUUUGAGUUGAAAGUAUCGCUGAUUUAAGACAGUCAAAAAAAAUUUCUGUCUGUCGAUCAACUACUUAUCUUUAUCUUUUUAGUUCGCCACUUCGGUGCAAGGAUUUAGCAGCCAAUCGCCAGGUGCUUCCGGUGCCCCUGGAACCCCCGGUCUUCCCAGCUCAGGAUCUCUUCCCAGCAUUCCCAGCCCUCCCAACGCUCCCAACGCUCCCAACGCUCCCAGCCCUCCCAGUCCUCCCAGCCCUCCCAGCGGCUCUGCCAACCUCCCUCGUGCCUCAGGCCUCAGCCCUCCCAGCGGCUUUCCCAGCGGCUCCAGUCACCCCAGUGGCCCAGUCCCAACCCUAAACUCUCCCAGUGGAUUCCCCAGCUCUUCCGGUGCUUCCAAUCUCCCUAGUGCCUCAGGCAUCAGCCCUCCCAGUGGAUUCCAAUCUUCUGGCGAAGGAUCAGCUGCUGCCGAGAAGGCCAAGGAGGCUGUAACUACUCUUGUCAGCGGAUUCCAUGGCCUCUCUAAUGCCGAUAAACAGAAGAUCUCACAGCUUUUCCCCAAAUUGAGUCCAUUUAUUUCCGGUACGUUAAUAUGCUUACUUUUUUUUUAUUUUUUUGUGAAUGUUCUUACUGUAAAUUUCAGGACCAAACGCCGAAGAUUUCCAGUCAGAUCUGUCUACGCUAUUGAAGGUCACCGAAGAGGAUCCAAGCGAACCCGAUCAUAACGAGGAACUAUUGGUAAGGCCUGUAUUAAUUUGCCUGUAUUUCUCGAGUAAUUCCUUACAGACAUUCUCAACAUUUCAUUAUGCAUUCAUACCACAAAUCAAUCGCUAAAAGCUUUUAACUCAUGCCUUGCUGGCGCGCUCAGCAUGUCGCAAAUUUAAGAGAAUACAUUCUUUUAGUCCGCCCUCCAAAGCUUCAAAACCUCCUUCCAAGCCGUGAUCAAAGAGUUUGUCACACAAAACAAACAAUAUUUGGAUGAGGCCGGCCAAUUGGUGGGCCAAGACUUUGUGAACACGAUCAAGACCGGCAAAGGAUUCGGAGGAAUUCUGGGGAAGAAACAUGGCCAAGUUCCCGACGACAUUGACUCCUUCGGAAACCCUGCUCCUUCUCCGUCUUCUGGAUUCCCCUCUGGCAACUUGCCCUCAGGCAAUAUCAAUAUUCCAUCCGGCGUUUCAUCUCCACCAAGUGGAUUUCCGAAUUCUGGAAGUGCUCCAAAUGCCCCAAGCGCUAGCGUUCAAGGACAAAUCAGCCAAAAUGGAGCCUCAGUCAGCGGAAGUGUGCAUCAAUAA